CAGCCGCUUCUCCUGAGUGCAGCCGCAAGGAAUCUCCGAGAUCACCCUGCACCUCCACCGCAUGAGCGUGUUCAGACGCACCCGAAAGGGCUGUGUGUGAAACCACACUUGCUGAAGAUGUAAAUGCCUCUGUGUUCAGAAUGUCAGCUCAGGAGCUUGCUACACAGCUCUGCAAGGAAGGGGACCAGCACCUAGCCAUGGAUGAGCUGCCGCUAGCCACGGCUUUCUACAUGGCUGCAUUCAGCUGCAGUGCACUCCUGGCAGUGCAGAAAGUAAAGUCCCUUAGGAAGGGGCCCUGGGAGAAAGUGAUAGCUACCCUGGAGACAUGGUGCACAGGCAAGAGUCAGAUUCCCAGGAUACACUGCAACAACUUGGCCAUUGUGUCACUCAACGUGGGAAUAGCUGCAGUCUUCCUAUCCACCCUAAGCCCCAACAACUUGGCUUCCUCUGUAUUCAAGCUAGAGGCCAUGCUCAGGCAGGGGCGCUAUGAAGACGUGGUGAGCCGGUGCAAUGCCCUGCUCAGCUUUCAUCCCAAACACUCAGUGGAGCUGCUGCUGACGAGGGCUUUGGCCUGGGUGCUGUUGGGGAAGCAAUCUGGGAACGGAGUUGUGGACUAUAUCCAAGCUUUCGUGACGCACCGGGCUGAGACGGUGGCAUAUGUACGCAGCAGGCAGAGGGAACACCUGCCACUGGUGAUCCAGACCUUCUCUGAUUACCUCUCAGUGCACCGGGAGACAGGCCCAGAUAGCAGGGCUUUGGAUGGCCAGUUGGGUGACUGUUAUGACUUCCUUGUUGCCGUGGCACCGAAUGCCAUCCAGGUAUGCCAGGCACAGGCCGCGUACCUCUAUGAGAAGCACAAAUUCGAGGAGUGUGUGGCAGUUUACAGCAAAGCUAUGGAGGCCUUAUCUGCUGGUAGCAAGCUCGGAGAUGAGAGAGCUUUGGGUGUCCUCCUAGGCCGGGCCGCUGCUUACUUCUCCUUGGGUGGGCGGACACGGGAGAUGAUGCAGGACUUGAUAGACGCCUUCAAGAUAAACCCUGGCCAAGCGAAGCAGCACUUUGAUGAGCUUUUCUCAUCUUGUGCCACUGAGAGGAUUAAAGAACAGGCCAGAGCUGUCCUGGAUGUAGAGUUUGCGGCCUACAGAGAAGCUGUGCGUACUCGGCCUGAACUCCGAGAUGAUGCUGGCACAGAACUGCUUUCCCCAGUCAUCCACACUCUCCAGUUCCUCAUUCAGAUUGCCCCAGGGUCCAGGCGUGAGCUGAGUGUCCGGCUGGCAGAUUGCCAGCUGCUGAGCAAGCAAGUCAACAGCGCUCUGAAGAUCUGCAGCCACCUCUUGGAGUCUGACCAGAAUACUUAUUACAACAGCCUCCUGGUCCUGCGAGGGUUUUGUUACCUCCACGCCAAUGACUGUCAGCAAGCCCUGCUGGACUUCCAGAAGGUCAUCGAGCAUGACUCCCCACACCCCAACAGUUGUGUGAAAGCCCUGUGCGGGCGGGGACUCAUCCGGAUUUUGGGUGGCAGUCCUUACCUCACGGCCCUGGAUUAUAUCACUGCCUGUCGACUGAGAUUAGAUGAAACCAUCCUCACUGUCAAGUCCUAUGUGCCUUGGAACCAAAGAGGGCUGCUCCUGAAGGUGCUCCAGGAAGAAGGGCAGAAGAUACUCCAGAAAAAACCAUCUCCAAAAGGCAGCUCAGCCUUCAGGCAAAAGAAAGGAGCAGGACUGAAUGGAUUCCUGACAAAAGAAGGGGAUGCUUUCGGGGUUCACCAGCUGGCGUCUCUCUUGAUGGAGCUGGACCCUUCUGAUGAAGCAUCUCAGAUCCUGUGUGCCGAUGCCCUGUACCAGCUGGAUCGGGUGGAAGAAGCUCACAGAAUCCUCUUGGUUGCCCUCUCUAGGAAUCCCCAGAGAUCUCCCAUCCUGGCCAGGCUGGCGCUGCUGCAGCUGAAGAAAGGCUUCUUGUAUGAUGGGACUCAGUUGCUAAAGAAAGUGAUCCAAAUCGGAGACACUUCCUGCCUCCUGCUGAUCAUGGAUAUUUUCAAAGACGAAGACCGGAAGCUGAUGCAAACUCACUGCCACUCCAGGGCUAUGACCAUCCUGAAGAAUAAGCAGGGAGAUACUUACGUCAAAGAAGCUAUUGCCAACCUUUCCUUUGCUAUCAUUGCAUCAGGUGGCUACGCAGAAGAGUACCUUCUCACCAGGGCCCGAUGUUACGGACACCUUGGCCAGAAGAAAACCGCUAUUUUCGAUUUUAAUGCCAUCCUGAAGGAGGACCCUAGAAAUGUACAGGCCCUGAGCGGAAGGGGAUUCAUUUACCUUGCCCUGAACCAGCAGAAGGAGGCAGUGCAGGAUUUGACUUCAGCCCUCAAAGAGGAUGCAGCAGUUGUAAUCCCAGAGAUCCUAUCCUUAAAGCAUGAAGCCCAAGUGCUCAUCACUCAGUGGAUACUUGACCACUGCAGGACUGUGUUAACCGAACUUGUUGCCAAUAAGGACCUUCCAAAGGAAGAGAUUCUCAAGGAUCUCAUUGUGAUUGGUGGAUCUUUAAUUAAAAUUAACAGCAAGGAAACAAGAUGUCACAUCUUAUAUACAGACAUCUUAAUUGCAGGUGGGAGGUAUGAGGAUGCCCUUCUACAUCUUCAGGGGUCGUUUGGCCAGGCUAUAGCUGACAAAUCUGCCAAUGCUCGACUUGCUGUGCUGCAACUAAAGAGGAGAAACAUGCUGCCGUCUGCUCACUCCUUGAGCAUUUUAGCUGAGAAAGGCCACGGGGAGCUGGGAUUCCUCUUGAACUUUUUAGACGCUAAGCAACGACAGAACCUCUCUCAGGUAGCCGCCCAGGAAGGAAAUGCAUUGAUUAAGGACCAUCACUAUGAGACGGCUCUAAAUUAUUACUCACUGGCUAUCUUAACAAGCAACAAUAAUCCCCGCUACCUUCGGCAACGUGCUGCCUGCCUAAUGCACCUGAAGGAAUAUGGCCGGGCUUUAAAGGACGUGGACCAGGUGAUCCAGAAACACGAGUUUCAUGGCCUAAGAGCUCAGGUGGAGGAUCACUGCUCAAAGGGUCAGAUACUCUUAUCGCUUGCAGACGCAGAAGCCGCAGUUAAACAAUACAUUCAGGCAUUGCAACUAGACCACUCCCUGGCCCUGUGCAGCAUCACUAACGGCCCCGGUAGGAAAAUUUUGGCCCAAACAUUUCACCAAAUUGCACAACGUUAUUUUGAAAUUCCCCAUUAUGAAGAGGCCUGGAAAACUGUGGCUUAUGGUCUCAUAAUUGACACAAACAAUAAUGAACUCAAGAAACUAAAAACAAGAAUUAAACGAGAGGCAUCUGGGUGCAGUGUUCAUUAAUCUGUUCGGUUUUGCCCAAGGAUCCAUUGGUUAUGGGUUUUGUUUAUGUGAGAACAAAGGAGAGGGUUAGAAGUUUACCAUAUACAGCACCAUCCAAUUAAUGUUCUGAGUAUCUUUUAUAUACACGCUGUGCAUUGCAUGGCACAAUAUGAGCUCUGUACUGUGUACAGCAAAAUCAAGGGAUUCAGUGCAGCAAGUUACAAACAUUAAAGCAAAACUGACCAAGAAAUUCAAGUAAAGGAAAGGUCAAGG